AUUCCCACUUCAGCUUCGCGCUACGGCUGAGGAAGCUGCAGAAGAAACUUUGACCACUACAGUUGUUAGCCUAGCAGCGGAGACACACAUCUCCUUUAUUGUUUACAAGUCACUUAUUUAUUCGAGCAGCCCUUUUAAAAAGAUGUGGUUUAUUUAUUUACUCAGCUGGUUGUCGCUGGUGGUACAGAUAUGUUUCGUUACUCUCGCUAUUGCUGCAGGACUGUAUUACCUGGCAGAGUUAAUAGAGGAGUACACAGUCGCAACCAGUCGCAUUAUAAAAUAUAUGAUUAUGUUCUCCACAUCCGUUCUGGUGGGGCUCUACCUGUUUGAGGGCUUCCCAACGCUCAUGAUCGGAGUGGGUCUCUUCACAAACCUGGUUUACUUUGGUCUGCUUCAGACGUUUCCAUACAUAAUGCUGACCUCGCCAAACUUUAUCCUGUCAUGUGCACUGGUUGUGUUAAACCACUACAUGGCCUUCCAGUAUUUUGCAGAGCAGUACUAUCCUUUCUCUGAGGUUCUGGCGUACUUCACAAUAUGCCUGUGGGUGAUUCCGUUCUCAUUCUUCGUUUCUCUUUCUGCCGGGGAGAAUGUCCUUCCAUCCACUGUGCAGCAGGGAGAUGAUGUGGUGUCAAACUACUUCACUAAAGGCAAGCGUGGAAAGCGCUCGGGCAUCCUGCUCAUCUUCUCCUUCUUGAAGGAGGCUGUUUUGCCAAGCCGACAGAAGAUGUACUGAUGAAGCAGUUGAAAUAAACAUCGGACGGAGGGUUUGGGGGGGGGAGUUUGUUCAGGCCACCGGCCCCUUUCAUUGGACAGCAUCUUUUUGUGGGAGGGAUUCGUUUGCAAUGAUGAUCAUGAGAUUGAAUCUGUAGGACCACAUCAGAACAAACACGCACAGACUCCUCGAAUGAACUAAUCUGUCUUUUGAUUCAUGUCGAGAGUCGCCAGCUCAUUGUGUUUUAGGCGUCUAAAGCCAUGAAAGGACUUCAGAAGUCUUUAAUUUUUAAAGGCUUAAUCUUUUGACUUGUCUGUAUGUGGAUGAUUGUGGAAGGGGCUUCGGCUUCUGUAGCGUCGCUAGAGGCUCCUGCUGAUUUCCUUCUAAUCGCAUCACUUCAAAAGCCAAUGUUUGUGUUCUCUCAUGAAUAUGUCUGGAUUUUUUGUUCACAUUUUAAAGGAAUGUUUUACCCCAAAUUCUUCCAUUUGCUCACUGUGGGUACAUAGUCACAUCUUACACUACAAUCAUUUGCUUUGAGGUCCUUAACCAAGUAAUUUUUUAAUGAUCUGAUGUUCAGAAGGAUUGUUAAUGUCCUUGCUGCUCCAUUUGAGCUUUAUAAAUCCAUUUUAUAUCAUCCGGUGGUUUGAUGAUUAAAGAAAAGCUAUUCUUGGGGUAAAAUGUUGCUUUAAAUAUACUAGAAUCAUGAGAAGGCAUAGUGUUGGCCAUGCUUAAUUUGUGUGCUGUACAAAAAUCUAAUAAAAUUCAGUUGUAUGAGUUUUUGAAAGGUAAACAUUGUCAUGUACAAAUAAGGAUCUGAUGUAAGUGGGUGAAUCUCGGAAUCAGAAACAUCAGGUCACAUUUCACCCCAAAAUCACGAGGGGAAAAAAAAGAAGAAAAUGCAAGAAAAUGGAUUUUUAGGAUUAUUAAGUGAGCAUUGUUUUUCAGUCUAAUUAAAAGGUAAUAAAAUAAAUGUUUUAUUUAAAAUAAAUGUUUGUGUAAUUUACAUCUUCAAAAAAUAUUAAAAUGUUCAUUUUAAAAACAUUGUUUUUCAGUCAAGAUGGCAUUUUAUUAGUUUUGAUCCAUAAAAAUGUGUAUGAUAUUUUUAAAUGUGCUUAAUUAUCAGAAAAAAGUUUAUGCAAAAAGUCUUAGUCUUCAUCAAACAUUAUUUUCGGGUAUAAUGUGAUCUGGACUUGUUCAGUCUUCGUGAACAUGUUUUGUGAGAUUCACCCAUGCAAAACAAAUUUUUUUUUUUUUUAAAUAUAAAAUCUGGGUUGUGUAAUAUAGCUCUUUGACCAAAAUGCAGAUUUUGUUUAAAUGUGGAGAAUUUCUAAUAAAAUGUCUGACUGACUCA